AUGCCUGCAUCAGCAAAGAGAAAGAGAGGAGCGAACAGUUCUUCAGAAAGUUUUAAAGAAGUGCGUCAAAAGAUCAGAGCACUUGAAGCAAGUUUAAGCGACAAGUCCAAAUUAAACAAUAUUGUCGAGAUCUUUCAAUAUGCUAAAAGUGAUAACCCUCAAAUAGUUCAUGCUGCCGUCCACUCUUUGGGUCGUGUCUAUACUACUUUGUUGAGCAGUGGCGAUCUUCGUAAACCCAAGCACACAGACGAAAACUCUGCAAAAUUCAAAGUGUAUACUUGGCUUCGAGAAAACUAUCUGGACUAUUUGACCUAUGUUCGCAGUUUGUUAUCCAGUGAUGAACCUGGUCUUCAAUUACCAGCACUCAAUAUAUUGUUGGCCAACAUGAAGGCAGAAUCUGAAAGUUUUAUGGAGCAUCAUGGCAGCUAUCAUUUUGCAAAUGCUGUCUAUGGACCUAUUGUUAAAGAAAUCAUUACCAGUACCAAUUUCAAUGAACAUAUGCGCAAGGAGCUUGUUGAGAAGUAUUUGAAUGUCUAUGACGAUUUAAGACAUUAUUUCUUAAAAGAUGCUGCUGAAGUGAUGGAACAAGCUUACCAAAAGAAAGAAACACAAAAGAAAUCAAGCAGCUAUAAAAAGGUUAAAUUGUCAAAUGAAGCAGACAGUGAAGACAAUCUUCGUUUGAUGGCUACCAAUGUACUUUUGAUUUUAGAAGGCAUUCGCACCAUGCCAACAGAAGCCAAUGAAAUUGACGAAUUCUGGACAGUGAAUCCUAUUCAAUAUGAGCCCAAAUCCAAGCAAGAUAACAAGACAGAUGAUUUGUUGGGUGAUGAGGGCUUAUUGUCUGAUUCAGAACCAGAAAAUGAAGAAACAGCUGCUAAAAAAGAAGGAAAGAAGAGAAAGCAUCCUUUGCUUCAGUUAAGAGUACACAAGCGUGGGUUUUCCGAUUGUUGGCUUAGUUUGAUGAAGUUGCCUUUGACUGAAGAGAUGUACAAGCGAAUCCUGUUGAUUUUACACAAGCGUAUUUUGCCUCAUAUGCAUGAACCUAAAUUAUUGAUGGAUUUCUUGACUGAUUCUUAUAAUGUGGGUGGUGCUGUUAGUUUGUUGGCCUUGAAUGGUUUGUUUACUUUGAUUGUGGACCACAACUUGUAA